AUGGCUCCCCCAGCGAAGAGACCGAGGCGCAAUGUAAUUGUUUCGAGCUCACCUUCUGCGCCCAAGGGCGACAAUGGCAGCGAUGAUGAAUAUACACAGAGUCGAACCGCAGCACCGAUACGGGCAAUCGACUUUAAUUCGUCUCCCAUCGAGGAGCCUUCGCCGUUUGUGAGGCCGACGCGAUCAUUGAAGCAACCUCCCACGCCGACCAAAUCUCGACAAUCGACCCUGACCAGCAAUAGCCAGUGGAUUACUACAUCGCUUCUCCCCAACCAGAGCCGCGCUGCUUCUAGCAGGAAGAGCGCCAGCGCAAGCCCUGAGAAGCUGAGGGCUAAGGGAAAGCUGGUGGAGAAUGGGAAAUCGAAAAGCUUGUAUACGUUCUUCUCGACACAAGUCCAGAAACAGCAAUCCCAGGUUGCGCGCCCAACCGAAGAACGAAACAGAGGGGCACUCGUGGAAGAGGAUGAGGGGAUAUCGGAUGAAGACGAGGUACCGGAAAGUAAGGCGAAGAUUAGUAGCUCAUUUGCUGCUGCGGCGGCAAAGCGGACACGGGAUGCUAUGGAGGGAGGCGUGAGCAUGAUAAGUGGGAGUCAGAGGUUCAUGAGGCCGCCGAUGCCGGUGCAGGCUAAAAAAGAAGAGGAUUCCAGACCAUGGGCGGACAGAUUUGCGCCAAUGGAUCUAGAUGAGUUGGCAGUUCAUAAGAAGAAGGUAUCGGAUGUUAGAGGGUGGCUUGAGGCAGUUAUGGAGGGGAAGCUACGGCAACGGCUGUUAAUCCUCAAGGGAGCUGCUGGAACAGGAAAGACUACAACUGUGCAGCUCCUGGCGAAAUCUAUGGGAGCAGAAAUACUCGAAUGGCGGAACCCAGCCGGAUCAAUGGCGUCAGACGAUGGGUUCGUCUCUAUGGCAGCCCAGUUUGAGGAGUUCAUGGGCCGUGGCGGAAAAUUCGGACAGCUGGAUAUAUUUUCUGAAGAUGAGCCUACUUCGCCUUCGACUUCGGGGGUAAAACCGCUCAAUAGGAGGAAAAAUAUCAUCCUCAUCGAAGAAUUCCCAAACACGAUCACGCGCGCAUCGACAGCGCUGCAGAACUUUCGCUCUACUCUCCUCCAGUACCUCGCCGCGAACACCCCCUCCCUUGCAGAGACGUACACCCGCCCCAACACCGCCACUGCGAAAGCCCCCAUCAUCCCUCUUAUAAUGGUCAUCACCGAAACUCUACUCACCACAACCGCUACCACGGAUAACUUCACUUCACACCGUCUUCUUGGUCCAGAGAUACUCCAUCACCCAGCCGUCGCAACAAUUGAAUUCAACCCUGCUGCGCCAACGCUUCUCGCGAAAGCCCUUGACCUGACCGUGCAGAAGGAAGCCCGCGCAUCCGGCCGCCGCAAGACCGCCGGACCGCUCGUCCUCAAGCUCCUUGCGGAGAUAGGGGACGUGCGCAGCGCCGUAGCGAGCCUGCAGUUUUUGUGUCUGCGUGGCGAAGAGGGUGAUUGGGGUGGUAAAGUCGCAUUUUCGGCUAAGAGGAAGAAAGCUGCAGGGAAGGAACAGCCAAUGACGAAGAUGGAGGAGGAGAGUCUGGAGCUUGUUACGAGAAGAGAAGCGAGCCUGGGGAUCUUCCACGCUGUGGGCAAAGUUGUAUAUAAUAAACGCGAUACUCCCCCGACCGAGCAGGAUAAGCGGGCUGUUGAGGUGCUACCACCAUACCUUGCGCACGCGGCACGCCCACGGCCUUCACAGAUUAACGCAUCGGAACUUAUUGAUGAGAUGGGCACGGACACAUCGACGUUUAUAUCUGCAUUGCAUGAGAACUAUAUCCUCUCGUGCGACCCUCCAGCAUCCCAUGCGGAAGACUCCUCAGACCUCGUCCACGCCAUUGGUUGCAUCGACGCCCUCUCCGAUGCGGACCUCCUAACUCCUUCAUGGGAAUCAGCCUAUGGCCAAGGUGGAGCAGGAGACGUGGCAAGACAGGAUGAACUGGCCUUCCAGGUCGCUGUGAGGGGACUCUUAUUUGCGCUGCCGGAUCCAGUGAAGCGGCGGGCUGCCCCGGGAAGGGGUGGACGAGGUAGAGGAGUCGGUGGAGGUGGGUCAGGAGGCGGCGGGGACGCAUUCAAGAUGUUCUACCCGACAAGCCUCAAGCUAUGGCGCCAGAAAGAAGAGGUAGGAAGCCUUGCCGAUCUCGCUGCAUCGCGCCUGUUACGGCGGGAAGAUGUCGCAGGUACUACCAAUGCUGCUGUAACAAAGAAGGAAGUAGGCACGGUUGAAGGAUGGUGCCGCGAUGCUUUCGCCUCAUCUGUCGCCGCUGUCGUUUCGGAGGGGGGUGAACCGGAUGCUCUGUCACCAUCCCUCGUGGGGCUUGGCGCCUCAGCGCGGACGGAGAUGCUGUUGGAAAGAUUGCCGUACCUGUUUGCCAUCCACAUGUCACGGACACGUAGUGUGAGCCUCCCGCUGCCAAGGGCGGAGAUGGAGAGGGUGGUGAAGUUUGUUGGGAUUGGGCGCGUGGCAGAAGAUGAUGAAGAGGGUAUGGGCCCUGUAGUGGAUGUGGAUGGUAAGGGGGAAGGCAAUGAGAAAAAGGUCAAGAUCUUGCGUUUUGGGACAGUGGGCGUGGGAAGGGGGCUAGAAGAGCGAUUUGGUGCCUUGAAGGCGGGUGGGACGGUGCUGAGCGAUGAUGAUAUUGAGGAUUAA